GCUGCUAUCAUCAUCAUCUCCUCCGCCUCUGCGUUUGUGUGUGUGUGCGCGUGGAAGGGGGUGGUUUCCUGAAAAUAGUACAGCCCAGACAGAAGGUUGAAGGGAGAGGAUUGCUCUUCACCUGCUUAGGCAGACAAGGUUUACCAUUACCCGGAAGUUCUUCCUUGAAAGAAGGGUGGGGAGGGGGCUUUUCUCCCUUGAUGCAGUGAGCAUCUCCCACCGCCUCUUUGCUGCUUCCAUGGGGUUUGUUUGAGAGGAAUCCACAGAGAUGGAGAGAUGCGUCCCCCCUGCGCUAACCCAAGCCCUAUCAUAUUGGGUUGCUAUGGGAAUCUUAUGAUAAUCUGAGAGGAAGUGAGUCCCCGGUAACAUUGCAGUUACUCAUGAUGUGCCUGAAGUGAAGAGGAAGGAAACAUUUAACAUAUUGAAGUGCCAAGGCUCUGCUGUGUCAUGGCUACGGACUCUGGUGAAUCGGCUAGCACAGAGGAAUCUGAGAAACCUGAUGGAGUUCCAUUGGAAUGUUGGGACCCCCUUCUUGAUGCUGCCUUGACUAUGGAGGCCAGGACCAAAGAGGGUGUUCAGGCACCUGCUUCUGGAGCAGGCACAGAAAGGAAAAGGUUUUUCCGAAAGAGUGUGGAGAUCAUGGAAGAUGAAAAGGUCUUGGAGACCACUCCAAGGGAUGAACAAGAGCAGUUCUUGGUGGGCGGCGAGAGGAUGGCCCAUCUUUCUGCCAGUAGCCUGGUGGCAGAACAGGAGGUCAAAAGUGAGCAUGGCUCGAAGGUCAGUUUGGAAGCCUCAAAGGAAAGGACCAAGAAGGAGAUAGAGGAAGAGGCAGAAAUGAAGGCUGUGGCUACAUCACCGGGUGGAAGAUUUCUGAAAUUUGACAUUGAAUUAGGAAGAGGAGCCUUCAAAACAGUCUUCAAAGGCCUAGACACAGAAACCUGGGUGGAAGUUGCUUGGUGUGAACUUCAGGACCGAAAGCUGACCAAAGCAGAACAGCAGAGGUUUAAAGAAGAAGCUGAGAUGCUCAAAGGGCUGCAACAUCCUAACAUUGUCCGAUUUUAUGAUUCCUGGGAAUCAACAGUUAAAGGAAAGAAGUGCAUUGUAUUGGUAACUGAGCUGAUGACAUCUGGAACACUGAAAACGUACUUAAAGCGUUUCAAAGUCAUGAAGCCAAAGGUCUUAAGGAGCUGGUGCCGACAGAUCUUAAAGGGGCUGCAUUUUCUGCACACCAGGACCCCUCCAAUCAUCCACCGUGAUUUGAAAUGUGACAAUAUCUUCAUCACAGGACCCACUGGUUCAGUGAAGAUUGGUGACCUGGGACUGGCCACUUUAAUGCGGACAUCAUUCGCUAAGAGUGUCAUUGGAACUCCAGAAUUCAUGGCUCCUGAGAUGUAUGAGGAACAUUAUGAUGAGUCUGUGGAUGUCUAUGCCUUUGGAAUGUGUAUGCUGGAGAUGGCAACGUCUGAAUAUCCUUAUUCUGAAUGCCAGAAUGCAGCUCAAAUCUACAGAAAAGUAACCAGUGGUAUUAAACCUGCCAGUUUUAACAAAGUGACUGACCCAGAGGUGAAGGAGAUCAUUGAAGGCUGUAUUCGGCAAAACAAGUCUGAAAGGCUGUCCAUCAAAGACCUCUUGAACCAUGCCUUCUUUGCUGAGGAUACGGGGCUCAGAGUAGAGUUGGCAGAAGAUGAUGAUGGGAUGAAUUCUUCCCUGGCAUUGAGACUUUGGGUGGAAGAUCCCAAGAAGCUGAAAGGCAAGCAUAAAGACAACGAAGCUAUCGAGUUCAGCUUCAACUUGGAAACAGACGUACCAGAGGAAGUGGCAUGUGAAAUGGUGAAGUCAGGAUUCUUUCAUGAAAGUGACUCCAAAGCUGUGGCUAAAUCUAUCCGGGAUCGAGUUGCCCUGAUCAAGAAGACCCGAGAGCGGAGAGAGAUGGGCUACCUAGAGGAGAGGAGAGACUCGCAGAGCAAGCUGCCAGUUGGCCUCCCAGUGCUCCAGCCACAGGGCUCAUCGUUCACCACUCCUUCCCAGCAAACCAGGACUGAAUGUGAAGAAACAGAGGUGGAUCAACAUGUCCGGCAGCAGAUCCUGCAGCAAAUGCAGCACAUUUCCUCCCUCACUGCUGACAGCUUAUCAGACAGAGGAGCAGGAUCAGUUAUCCUGUCAGAUGCCUCCAGCCAGCAUAGUGUGGCCUUCUCCUCAGAACAGAUGAUGGGCCCCCCGCAAGCUCCCAACCUCUCCCAAGCUGAAAACAGUGUACAAGGGCACAUCUACCCAUCCCAGCAACUGGUGGGGCAUUAUCAGUCCCUGGCAGGGAUGCCGCCACAGCAGCAGCCGCCGCCAACAAAUGUGGCCCACCCCAGUGUGUUACCACUAAUCCAGAAUCAACCUUCAGCUCUGCCUCCCCACGGUUUGGCACCCCCGGCAGCUCCCCAAGCCCAGGCUUCCCCUGUUGCUGUGCAGCAGUUCACAUCAAGGAUGCCUCUAGAUUCACAGGCAUCCUACACCCCAGAAGGGCAGACAGUGGAUGGAUCCAUCAUGGGAGUCCCUCAGCAGAUAUUGACAGUCACUUCCCCUCAGAAUGUGGCGGCUUCUCAGAUGGUCAGCCAGCAUCUGUCAGCAAAUGUACCAUUGGCUUCUCCUGCUAGGAUUAGUAGUCAGGCUUCAGCUGCUGCAGGAUCAAUGGAAACGGAGCAGGCUUCUGCCAGUGCCGUGCCUGCCAGUCAUUCCCCUGUGCUACAGGGACAGCCUCCAGUUCAGUUUCUUAACAACAUACAAGGCUUAGCUCCAGGGAUCGCUACUUCUGCAGCUCUGCAGCCGGUUCCACAGGGAGCUGCACCAAUUCUGCAAUCUCAGGUGCCCCAGCAGAUUCUGUCUACACAGCAGCCUCCUCAAGCUUCUCAGCAGGUGACAUCUGGGCAACAAAGCCAGCAAGCUGAUCAGCAGGUGGCAUCGACACAGCAGGUUCCCCAGCAGUUUUCCCAACAGAUGGCAACAACACAGCAACUUCAGCAACACGUAGGGACUACGCAGCAGCCUCAGCAAAUGCCCCAGCAGGUGGCAUCCAUGCAGCAGCCACAGCAAAUGUCUCACCAAGGUUCCCAGCAGGUGACAUCCAUGCAGCUGCAGCAGCAGCAGCAGCAGCAAAUGCCACAAAAAGUGGCAACCAUGCAGCAGGCCCAGUAUAUGCCCCAGCAGGUGGCAACCAUGCAGCAGCCCCAACAAGUUCCACAGCAAGUGGCAUCUGUGCAGCAGCCCCAGCAAGUUUCCCAGCAGGUGGCAUCCAUGCAGCAGCCCCAACAAAUGCCUCAGCAAAUGCCCCAACAAAUGCCCCAGCAAGUGGCAUCCAUGCAGCAGCCCCAGCAAAUGCCCCAGCAAGUGGCAUCCAUGCAGCAGCCCCAACAAAUGCCCCAGCAGGUGGCAUCCAUGCAGCAGCCCCAACAAAUGCCCCAGCAAGUGGCAUCCAUGCAGCAGCCCCAACAAAUGCCCCAGCAGGUGGCAUCCAUGCAGCAGCCCCAACAAAUGCCUCAACAAAUGCCCCAACAAAUGCCCCAACAAAUGCCCCAACAUAUGGCAUCCAUGCAGCAGCCCCAGGAAAUACCCCAACAGGUGGCAUCCAUGCAGCAGCCUCAACAAAUGCCUCAACAAAUGCCCCAGCAAAUGCCCCAGCAGGUGGCAUCCAUCCAGCAGCCCCAACAAAUGCCUCAACAAAUGCCCCAGCAAAUGCCCCAGCAGGUGGCAUCCAUCCAGCAGCCCCAACAAAUGCCUCAACAAAUGCCCCAGCAAAUGCCCCAGCAGGUGGCAUCCAUCCAGCAGCCCCAACAAAUGCCUCAACAAAUGCCCCAGCAAAUGCCCCAGCAGGUGGCAUCCAUCCAGCAGCCCCAACAAAUGCCUCAACAAAUGCCCCAGCAAAUGCCCCAGCAGGUGGCAUCCAUCCAGCAGCCCCAACAAAUGCCUCAACAAAUGCCCCAGCAAAUGCCCCAGCAGGUGGCAUCCAUCCAGCAGCCCCAACAAAUGCCUCAACAAAUGCCCCAGCAAAUGCCCCAGCAGGUGGCAUCCAUCCAGCAGCCCCAACAAAUGCCUCAACAAAUGCCCCAGCAAAUGCCCCAGCAGGUGGCAUCCAUCCAGCAGCCCCAACAAAUGCCUCAACAAAUGCCCCAGCAAAUGCCCCAGCAGGUGGCAUCCAUCCAGCAGCCCCAACAAAUGCCUCAACAAAUGCCCCAGCAAAUGCCCCAGCAGGUGGCAUCCAUGCAGCAGCCCCAGCAAAUGCCCCAGCAGGUGGCACCCAUGCAGCAGCCCCAGCCAAUGUCCCAGCAGGUGGCAUCCAUGCAGCAGCCCCAGCAAAUGCCCCAGCAGGUGGCAUCCAUGCAGCAGCCCCAGCAAAUGCCCCAGCAAAUGCCCCAGCAGAUGGCAUCUAUGCAGCUGCCGCAGCAAAUGUCACAACAGGUGGCAACCGUGCAACAGCCACAGCACAUGCCACAGCAGGUGGCAUCCAUACAGCAGCCCCAGCAAAUGACCCAACCAGUUCCUCAGCAGGUGGCAUCCAUGCAGCAGCUGCAGCAAAUGCCACAGCUGGUUUCAUCCAUGCAGCAGCCCCAGCAACUGCUCCAUCAGGUGCCACAACAGGUGGUAUCCAUGCCACAGCCACAAUCCCAGCAAAUGUCCCAGCAGGUGACUUCCACUCAACAGCUUCAACCAGCUGCAGUGAUGCAGCAGUCUCAGACAGUUUCCCAGCAGGUGACAUCUGUGCAGCAAUCGCAGCAUACUAGCUCCUUCCAGCUGCCGCAGCAGGUCGCAUCUACACACCAUGUAUCUAAUGUACCGCAAUCAAUGGCACCAGCCCAGCAGUACCCACAGUACGUAGGUAUGUCUGCAGAUCUUUCUGGGCAAUCUUCUCAGCCCCAGUCAGAGGAUCAGACUAUUCAGAUACACCAAUCCACAGAUCAGCCUCCUUGUGGAAUCCAACAGAUGUUACUCCACCUGCCUGUGGAGCAGCUGAAACAUGAACAGUUUGUUCUUCCUUCCAGCUCCACUGAGCAGUUACCAGCUGCCACCUUGCAGGACGUAGAAAAGCAGCCGCUACGGGGUGAGCUCUCAGGUUCAACUCCAGAACAGGGGGCUUAUCCCACACAGACCCAGUACCAAAUGCAAGCCCAAGAACAAAUUGUAUAUCCUGCACAGCCCUCACACCAGCUACCAGUGUCAGAGCAGGUGAUGCACCAGGUCCAGCCAGCAAACCAGUUGCAGGUCCCAGAGCAAGCAGCAAACCAGAUGCAGGCUUCAUACACUGUGCAGGGCUCAGAUCAGCCUCCUGGCCCAGAGCAACUGGCUUAUCCAACAGCUGGGGUCUAUUCUGAACAGCCCUUGGACCAACCCACGUAUCCGAUGCAACCUUUCUAUCAAGGGCAUGUGGCAUACCUGGCCCAACCAACACCAUAUCCUGCUCAAGCUCCAGAUGUCCAACAGGCUCACUUAGCAGUACCGGUCACUGAUCAACCAGGCUUUGCUGCACCCUCUCCUGAGCAGUCGCUAUAUAUGAUGAAGGAUGGUAGCGCUGGUUAUAUGGAGCAACAGGUCUGUUCGAUGCAACCCGUGGAAGUUCACACUUACUCUGAGCAGCACCAGACUGAGCCACCAACAUAUCUGAUCCAGGCAGACGCUGGGACAGGACACCAGCAGCUGCAGCCUCCUCACCAGCUCCAUAGGAUUUCAGAAGGACAGCAGCCAGGACCACAAGCCCCUUUUGUGUCAUCUCAGUCACCUUUUGUGCCACAAAUGCAGCCACAACCUCCGUACCCAGAGUUUGGCCAGCAUCCCGUUCCUCAGCCAUUCCAAGGCACAAUCCCUCAGCCUGUCCCGAGUGUCUUGCCGACUGCGGCUUCUGUACCAGAGCCGUCUGAACCAGUUUAUGCUGCACAGCAACCCUCAGAAGCGCCGGGGCUCCUGCACAGCACCAGUCUCCUUCAACAGUCUCAAACCUUUCAGCCACCUGAGAGUAACCAAUCCUUUGCCUCUGCCCAGCCGGUGUAUGUUCAGCAGCCACCGCCAAUGUGUAAAGUAUCAGUGUUGUCAGCAGAAGGAGGUGCUCAACUUCAAACCCCUCCCACGAGUUCUAUGGCAGCAUCCCAGAGCCAGCAGACAUCUCUCAGUGCAGUGACACAACCAUAUCAGGAGCCUGCCCAAGUACAAGACAUCCCGCAGCAGGUUUCUGUCUUAGCACCAGAGCAACCAGCAGCAGUUCAAAAGCAAGAUUCUGUUCAAGGACUCACUCCUGACUUGGCCACUCUGAAAGAAGGUGCCAGUGGGUCUGACCUUCCAAGUGGAAAUGGCAAACAAGACAAGAGCAAGCAGAGGAGAACCUCCUGUGCCCGGCCAGAAAAGGGAACCAAAUUUCAGCUCACUGUGCUACAGGUUUCAACCUCAGGGGACAACACUGUGGAGUGCCAGCUGGAGACUCACAACAAUAAAAUGGUCACAUUUAAAUUUGAUGUUGAUGGAGAUGCUCCAGAAGACAUUGCUGACUACAUGGUUGAAGAUAACUUUGUGUUGGAAAAUGAGAAGGAGAAGUUUGUUGAUGAGUUGAGGGCUAUAGUGUGCCAGGCCCAAGACAUUAUCCGCAGUCUUCCUGUUGAAGAUCGAGUCUCUGGAAUGGAAUCUGCUCCUGAUUCAGCUACCCAAACAGGAUCUUCUGAACAAGUUCAGAUAAACCCAGCAUCUACUCAAACUGGCAGUGACUCUGCUCCCCAGUCAUCCCCUGUUGGCCGCUGGAGAUUUUGCAUCAAUCAGACAAUAAGGAACAGAGAAUCCCAGACACCUUACACUCUUCUUCAGUCAACUCCAUCUGUACCUGGGUGUCAGAUUACAGACCAACUAAGGGAAAAUAUCAAAGAAGAUAGCCCCCAAGAUUGUCCACAGGCUGUGGAAAAUCUUAGCAGCCAUCAAAGAGCCAACCCUCCCUCUCCCUCAAAUGAGCUAAUCAAGGACAGCUUGAUAUCUGAACCCCAGACAUCAGAAAUGGAGCAGGCAGCUCUUCCUCACCAAGUGGAAGCUAGCAUGGAUAUGCAUCUGCCUGCCACUGCGGGUGACAACUGUGACGUGGCUGCUCACGAUUCGGCUUCUUGGCUGGAGUCUUCAGGGGUGGAGGCUCAGGCCGAGGGAACCUGCCUGUCUCCAUAUAUACCCCACCCAGCAUCUGGCACCAUUGAACUGAAUUUGUCUGCCGAGACUUUCCUGACUAGACCGACCAACAGUCAAAACUUGGCCACCGAGGAAGCUGACAACUCUAUAAAUGCUGAACAGGCCUGUGCUGUGGCUCAGACUCCAGGACAGGAAGGUGUUCCCUCGGCAUCCACUCUGGAGUCAGACAGUGAGGGUCCCCCUAAGAUGGAUUUUGUUGACAACAACAUCAAAACUCUGGAUGAGAAGCUACGGACACUUCUGUACCAGGAGCACAGCUUGUCAGGCACUUCUCCUGAGAGCCAGAAGGACACACAAAGUGCAGCGGAGUCUCCAUUCUCAUCAUCUGCUGAAGAUUCUCUCCCCUGCCCAGUUCCAGAAGUACUAGAUACAAAUUCCCCCCAAGAGACCCAGCAAAGCCCCACCAAGUUUUCAGAUCCUCAGGCUAUGCUCAUUCCAUCCACAAGUCAUCCUGAGAGUCUACCAGUGCUGAGGAGGGAGCCCAGUGCUAUUACCUCUGCUCCCAGUGAUCUCUGCAUGCAUGAGAUGUCUCUGGAGGCUUCAUUCCCUGAGAACCCUGUGGCCUGUCCUGCUUCAGCAUCAAGUGGUGGAGCUGUACACCUGCAUGCAGGAGGUGGAUAUUUUGGCCUAAGCUUUACUUGCCCUAGUCUCAAAAACCCUAUUAGCAAGAAAUCCUGGACUCGCAAAUUAAAAAGCUGGGCGUACAGGCUACGGCAGACCAGCUUUUUCAAGAGAUCAAAAGUCCGGCAAGAGGAGAUGACUGAUGAAGUUGCUCCUGACUGGAUUUCUCUCUCUGAACAAGCAACAACAGACACUACAGUGGCAGGUCAUUUUAAAUCUGUGGCUGGAUCUUUCCAACGAGGCCGAUUUCAGGUGAUCACAGUACCGCAACAGUUGGCCUCAGGUGGUUCAGAAGGCAAAGCUUGUGAGAUGCCUCCUUCCUUAGAGCCUGGAACAAAAGAAGGCUCUCCCAAACUGGGAGCAUUUGCUGUGUUGACUGGUGCUGCUGUGGGUGAAACCGAUGCAUCUUCCACCACCCCAGAGCAGCGGGAACUGGAGGAGACCUCGGCUACGGCUAGCAGCAUGCAGUCUUCCUCAGAGCCCUGGUCAAAAAGUGGUGGUUUUGUACGGAAGCAGCCUAGCUCUGACAGUGAGCUUUCAGCUCCUAUGGGUGGUAGCCUGGAGGGCUGGGAGCGAAGCCAGCGGCCACAGGAGGAGAUGGGUGGCAACCACACUAAGAGGCGCAGUACCCACUUUUACUCCCCAUCUUCCCCAAUGAGCAGUGACGAUGAAUCAGAGAUUGAAGAUGAAGAUCUGAAGGUGGAACUGCAGCGUUUGCGUGAGAAGCACAUCCAGGAGGUAGUGAACCUUCAGGCUCAGCAGAACAGGGAGCUGCAGGAGUUAUACGAACGCCUCCGCUCCAUCAAAGAGAGCAGAUCAGAAUCUUCAGAGGUCUCCCUGCAACUCUCCUCCCCACGACGGCCCAAGUCUUUCAAAAGCAAGCUACGUAGCAGGCCCCAAUCCCUCUCGCAUGUUGACAAUGGCCUUGUUGCUGCUGAAUGCUGUUGUGCCACAACUGCUGCCUCUGUGAUAGACUAUCAGUUGAGCAUUCAGGCCCAUUUGCUGCAACACCAGGGCUGUUCACAAGCCGAGACAAAUCAAGACCAGCUCUGCAUCGUCAGCAGCACUGCUUCUUGUCAGCAGACUCCGGCCAGCAAGAAAGGGAUGUUCACGGAUGACUUGCAUAAACUGGUCGAUGAUUGGGCAAAAGAAAAGGUGGGGAACUCUCUUAUCAAGCCAAGCCUGAACCAGAUCAAACAGAACAAGCACCGGCUGGACAGCGACAGCUGGAGCAAAGUAUAUGAGACAACAACAUCAACGAUGGGUUACACCUCUACAUGGAUUUCCUCCCUUUCCCAGAUCCGUGGGACCAUACCGACUGCUUUACCCCAAGGACUUCCCCUGUCACCCUUUUCUGGCACACUGACACCCUACGGAGUGCCCCAUGUAUGUCAGUACAACACAAUGACGGGGACAACUUACCCAGUGCAGUGGAUGGGAAUUUCAGGGACAGUCCAGCAGCCCGUGGUCAUCCCUGGCCAGCCUGUGGGACCCUUCCAGCCAGGGAUAGGCAUGCCACCUUACCCAGCCUCACCUGUGCAGAAUCCAGCUCCCAUUCCUCCAGGUCCCAAAUGAAGGUGGAUGGCUUCAGGAUGAUAGAUAUGGGGACUGUGCCUAUAACUCAUGAUUCCAUUCCUCUGCCUUGCAUUCUGCGGCCUGGAUUUUGGGGGGUGGGGUGGAGCUGAAUUCCCCAUUGCAGCAAAGUGUGAUGGGAGUGGAAGGAGACUGUCUUUGCAUUCUCCUCUUUGAAUACUUGAUUUAAUUUUCUUUGGGGGUAGGGUGGGGAUUUUUUUAAGUACUUGAGAGAGCUUUGGCCUGUGCAUCUCAUUAUUUCUGAGAUGGACAGCAUGCCCAUGUGCUGCUUAUUCUUAAUGAGCCUUCCUUGCCAUUCUUACCCCUUGUUUGCUUUUGUUGCUACUGUUUUGAGAAUGAUAGUAAUUCUUUUUUAAGUUGUACACAUAUUGGCUUUUGAAUUAAUUUCCUGAAGGGGAGGGAGGGGCGGUGAAGAGUGACACUAGUGUUCCUUUGAUUUUCUGUUAGGUUUCUUUGGCAGCUCAGAUUACACAGGCUGCCUAGGGGUAAAAUAUAUAUAUAUGUAUGUAUGACUUGAUUUAGCUGUCUUUCAAUCUGUUGAAGGUGGGUACAUCCAUAUUUGCCACCAGUUAGUUCCUUUUACAAGGCUGGUGGUUGUCUCUAGGCAGUUUAGAUCAUCUGUCUGUUUAAUGGCAGCUGGGGGUCCUCAUACGCACACUGCAUUUAAAAGAUGCAUUUGGGUUGUUGGCCUGAUUUUUGUACUUGAGUUUUGGGCUGAUAUUUUUUCCAAGCUUAUUUUGUAACUGCUACAGAUCUUCUGUUGUGGACAGGGUGGGAGCAACAAUAGCAUAUAAAGUGGGAACAGAGGGGAGAGAGUUGCCUAGAGAUUUUUUUUAAAAAGCCUUUCUACUAUCUCUCUCUCAUUUGCACCUUGCUGGUAAUCCAUAUCUAACAUACUUUUUUAUUGACUGAAAAUUAUGCAUGGAACCAGGGUCAUGUGCAUUAAGAUUCGGCUAAACUCACAGUGGUUGAGACAGAUAGAGCCCCCUAGCUUAGAAGCGUAAGAUGUGCAUGCGGUUGCUCUUCUUGGUCACCUAGUGCCAAGAUUAAGCAAGCGGUCCAUAUUUGCAGAGAAUUGUUGCACACUAAGGAAGUACUGCAAGUAUCUAUGGAAGUAACAAAAAAUUACCAGCAUUGUAUGUGGCAAACAUCCUAGGUUUUUAGCCACAUCCAACCUAAAAAGAAAAAAAAUGUGCCAAUUCAAAACCCUUAUAUUUGGGAAUUUACUGUAGACUUUAAUAUGAAGGGUGACCACUGCUUGGACCUUUAUACUCCAAACAGCCCCCAUUUUUAUAAGCGAUACUUCAGCUGCCCCAUGUGGCUGCUCUUGUGAGUUCAUUUUGGCAGCAAAUAGCUAGUUUGACGGUUACUUACAUGGGCCAUUGACUAUGGAGAAAGUUUAAUUUAGUGGGGUCAUGAUCCUUCUGUACUUUGUUUCAUUUAUAUAGAGUCUUAACAGUUCCUUUCUACUUGGAAAGUCAGAAUAUUUUGCAUACCAGUGGGCUGCUUUCUUCAGAGUCUUUGAAAUAUUUGCUGAUGCAUAUAUAGAUGGACUCACUUCCCCCUUCAUAUAUAUGGACUGAGAAUCGCUAGGCUUUGCUUUUAUUUUGAAUCCACAGAGUUAAAUGUUUGUCUCUGGGGUGUUGUAACAGAUUUGUAAUGUUUUUUGAAUGUUCAAGCUAGCCUGCUUUGUUGAUGAAUAUUUUGAGCAAGAGGAGUGGAGAGGAGGCUGCAUCUCACUAUUGUACAGUAUAGUUAAAGCAAAGUAUAUGGACUUAAACCAACUGAGUGCCAUUUAAAUCAAUGGAAUCACACCCUCUUAAAUUAGAGCACUUUGGCUGAAUGGUGUUUGGGACUGAUUUGUCAAACCUACCUAAAACACUCCCCCCCUUUUGAAAUGGUUGUGAAGAUAAGCUAAUUUUUUUAAUUUAACUUCUAAAAAUGGCAUGUGGAGCUCAUAAAUCUUAGAGCCACAUGGCUGUUUUGCAGCUUUCUUUCCUCCUCUCUCCAUCCUGGACAGAAGAUCCUGUUUCCCAUGUAUAAUGCAGCCUCUUUGUUCUGCCUGCAAAGAUUUGCAGUGCCUUGUGAUAGAUAAUCUUUAGCAUCUUUUCAGGUUUUUACUGGAAAGACGGAAAAAAGUAGUUUUAGUCUUUUGAAGUUUGAUGUUUGAACAGUGCAUUGCUGUACAUCUCAAUGAUCUGCAGCAGUGAAAUUACAUAUAUUUGGGAGGAAGUUUCAGUUUGAAGAAUUGAGAACAGUGUUACAACUUUUUUUAAACAUAAAACACAUCCCUUUUUUUAAGGCUUGUUCUUUUCUCUCUCUUCUUCUUCUUCAACUGUUCUGAAAUAGAUUUGGGAAAGGGUGGAAUUUUGUGCUGUACUUGAAAUAUACUGUCAAGUUAAGAUAAUAUGACAUUUCCAAAACCUCACAUUGCCAGGAAAUGCUUAGGAGGGCCACUUAAUAUUUUCCACAUCAGUUGUGUGAACUUUGGGUAUGCCAGUGGGAUGCAUUGGUGUUUCUGCAGCAGAAACACAGGGUGUGAAAAAAAAGUAUAUGUCCUUCAGUGCCGGUGUGUAUGUGCUAGGAAUCCAUGGCCCAACUAAGAAUUCCAGCUGAGGGAGAAACACAAGUAGUUAACACUGGCCCUUCUGCAGCAAACCCUGUUGCUCCGUUAAGUCUGAGGUAGCCCUUAGUGUCAAAGGCAGAUUAAAUGCAACAACAGCAGACCUUGUAUCAAAGUAGAUUUUUGCUGUAUCCCUAUAAGGCAAAAUGGACUAGCAAUUUAAAGCACAGCAUGCUUAAGCUUGUGGUGGUCACUAAAGCCAUGCUCCCCCCAGCACAGUUUCUUCAGAAUUCUUUUUCUCCUGGUAGAAUUCUGAAACUGGAAGUUAUCCCAGAUGUGGAAAAAGGAAUUUGUGGAAUUUUCAACAUCCUUUUUCUGCCUGCCUAUGCAGAAUUUCAGAUUUAACUCCACCCCAACUAAAACACCUCAUUAUCAUAAAUUAUUUUGAUACCUAGUUAUGCCCACAGUUGAGAAUCACAACAUA